GGGAGAAAAGGCUUCGGCCUUUUCAAAAGUAGGAAUACUAGGAAACGUUUCAGCCCACAGUUCCUUGCUGGGCCUACUACCAGAAUCCAGAGUUUCGAGAAAUUGAGAGGUGAAGACGAAGCCACCUCUAUCCUUUCGAGUGGCCGUAGUUCCUCUGGCGUCCACCAUCGGCGUCGCCGGCUUCUUCCUCUCCGGCCUGCAUCCCUUGCAGUCCAAUCCCACUUGACAGAAACGAAGAACAAGGAGAAGGAGGCACAAGAAGAUUUCUAUUCCUCCUUUCAAAUUUUAGAGUAAAAUAGUAAACUCAGCCAUCGAUAUAUAAACUGAGCUUCGGAGAAAUUCACUUCCGGCUUCCAUCUUUUGCUGCGGACGGCGUCGAGCUUCACUUCCCCGCUGCUGCUCCUACUCUUCUUUCAUUUUGACUGGCCGGUCUUCUCAGCGGCGACCGCGAAGGGGGCAGAUAGAGAAAUAGGUGGAGGGGGCUUUACUUUGUAAACAUGGCUUUCACAUUGUUCAGGAACGUCAUCCAAGCUCAGCCUUUGUUUCUGUAUCCAUCUGCUUUGCUUAGAAGGAAGAAUGGGGUUUUGUAUUGCACAAUGAAGGGGACCUCACAGUCACAAACUCAGACAGCCACGGAAGAAAGGCAGCAGCAGAAGAGUCCACAAAAAGUCAAAGUUCCUCCUCAGAAGCAGAUGAGGGAAGUUAGUAAAAUCGCGGCAGAUUACGAGGCGGUCAUUGGCAUAGAAACCCAUGUCCAGCUCUCUACAUUAACCAAGGCUUUCUGUAGCUGCCCUUACAGUUAUGGUGCCCAACCAAACACCUGUAUCUGCCCAGUUUGUAUGGGUCUUCCGGGCGCUUUACCAGUUCUGAAUUCGAAAGUCAUUGAGUGUGCGGUGAAACUAGCCCUUGCACUGAAUUGCAAGCUAUCUUUCAGUUCCAAAUUUGACAGGAAACAGUACUUCUACCCAGACCUUCCAAAGGGCUACCAAAUAUCUCAGUUUGAUAUCCCGAUUGCAACUGGUGGUUCAAUCGAUCUGGAUCUUCCGCUUGAAUUUGGUGGUGGUCAUAGGAGGUUUGGUAUCACAAGAAUUCACAUGGAAGAGGAUGCUGGCAAGCUAAUGCAUUCAGGAAAUGGGAGUUGCUCACUGGUUGAUUUGAAUAGAGCUGGAGUCCCAUUGUUAGAGAUCGUCUCAGAACCAGAUAUGAGAACUGGCAUUGAAGCUUCUGAGUAUGCUGCAGAACUUCAAAGGGUUGUUCGAUACUUGGGAGUUGGUAAUGGUAAUAUGCAAGAAGGUUCGUUGCGUUGUGACGUGAAUGUCUCGGUUCGACCGAUUGGACAGGCAGAAUUUGGGACAAAGGUUGAGAUAAAAAACUUGAACUCCUUUUCGUCAAUUAACAGAGCUAUUGACUUCGAGAUAUCUAGGCAGGUCAAUCUCCAUAAUCAAGGGCAACAAGACUCAAUUGUACAGGAAACUCGUCUUUGGGAAGAAGGUGCACAGAAAACAGUUACUAUGAGGAAAAAGGAAGGGCUAGCUGAUUACCGAUAUUUCCCUGAACCAGAUCUUCCUGAAGUCAUUCUUACAAAAGAUUAUGUGGAUAGUGUUGGUAAAUCCCUGCCUGAGCUUCCAGAAGCGAAACGUAGGAGGUACGAGGAGAUGGGGUUGAGCAUGCAAGAUGUUCUUUUCCUUGCAAAUGACAUAACAGUGGCAGACUUUUUCGAUGCGACAAUUCAGAAGGGUGCUGAUGUGAAGCUAGCUGCAAACUGGAUCAUGGGUGAUAUUGCGGCCUACAUGAAAAAUGAGAAGUUAUCGAUAAUUGAUAUCAAACUUGUGCCCCAUGAGCUGGCUGAGCUUAUUGCUUCUAUUAAAAGUGGGACUAUUAGUGGGAAGAUCGGAAAGGAGAUACUGUUCGAACUCUUGGCCAAAGGUGGAACUGUGAAGGGACUGAUUGAAGAAAAGGACCUUGUCCAGGCAAGUUACUGUUUUUCCUUGCUUAACCUGAUUAACUUAUUGAUUUUAUUAGAAUUUGUUGAGUGUUGCCUAAUCAGGAUUGCGUAUGUAAUAACGGAUCUCGGUGAUAUUGAGAAGAUGGUCGAUAAGGUGAUUGCAGAGAACCCGAAGCAGUUGGAACAGUACAGAUCUGGGAAGACGAAGCUGCAAGGUUAUUUUGCCGGCCAGGUAAUGAAAGCAUCAAAAGGCAAGGCAAACCCUGGGGUCUUGAAUAAGGUACUCGUCGAGAAACUAAAUGCCAAAGUCUGAAGGCAACACUGGCAGAUGCUUGCAAGAAAGAAGCCAUGUCGAAAGAUAAUACAGGCUGCACUUCCAACACACUGCAAACGGGAUGGAAUUAGAGCCUUAAUCAACGACUAGGUUAUGUCCCCACAUGCAGAGGGUUUUUGAUGAUGAUUGAUUUAUAUGUAACAAUUGUUUGUACUGAUUUUUUUCAUGAAUAAGUCCUAUUUCAGCAAAACUUUUGUACACAAUUUGCAACUAGAACCCCUGCAAUUUGCAGCUUUUCUUGCAGCAAUGGCUAACUUGUUAAUACUUGCUCACUGGCCU